AUGCCCCCAGCGGGACUCGAACCCGCGACCGCUGGCACAGCAAGUAGGGCCACUAAACCGACUGAGCCAAACGUGCUGUCUAAAGAAGUGCCAUCGGCGCGCAUCCUGGGCGGGCCCGACCUGCACGUGGACAUCGGCUCCACGAUCAACCUCACCUGCCUCAUCCAGUUCAGCCCCGAGCCGCCCGCCUACAUCUUCUGGUACCACGAGGACGAGGUGAGCGGACGCAAACAGGUGAUAUCGUACGACUCGUCGCGUGGCGGCGUAUCGGUGGUGACGGAGAAGGGCUCGGCCACCACGUCCUACCUGCUGGUGCAGGACGCCACGCCCGCCGACUCCGGCCGCUACUCCUGCGCGCCCUCCAACGCAGAGCUCGCCUCCGUGCGCGUACACGUGCUAAAUGGCGAGCGGCCGGCGGCGAUGCAAACGGGGUCGGCGGGGCUGAGCGACAGCUGGCGCUGCGUGGUGGCGCUGCUAGCGGCGGGCGCGCUGCACGCGCGGCUGCUGCGCGCCCUGCUCGCCAGC